AUGAAAUAUCAAAAAAUUAUUUCAAUUUAUACGCGAAAAUUUACGAAUUUACGACACAUUUAUUAUCGACAAUAUGUCACAACUACCAAGAAGCCAAUUUAUAUUACAACGCCAAUUUUUUAUGUUAAUGCAAUACCACAUAUAGGGCACUUAUAUUCAGCAGUAAUGGCUGAUAGUCUAAAACGAUAUUAUGAACUGAAAGGUCAUAAAGUAAUUUUUAGCACAGGAACUGAUGAACAUGGUUUAAAGAUUAAACAAGCUGCAGCAAAAGACAAUAUUAAUCCGCAAGAAUUUUGCGAUAAAGUUUCUAAUAAAUUUAAGGAACUUUUCGAUACUGCAAACAUCAGUUAUACAAAUUUUAUACGUACUACAGAACAAACGCAUAAGGAUGCCGUGAAAAAUUUUUGGAUGCGUCUCAUGAAAAACGGAUUCAUCUAUAAAGGCAAGCAUGAAGGUUGGUAUUCAGUAUCUGAUGAAGCCUUUUAUAGCACUUCUCAAGUUCAGGAAAUUCAGAAUCCCAAUUCAGAAGAUAAAUCCAUGAUAGCAAUUGAAUCUGGACAACCGGUAGAAUGGACAACUGAAGAAAAUUAUAAGUUUCGCCUAUCGGAAUUCCAAGAUAGGCUAAAAAGGUGGUUGGAUGAAAAUCCUCAAGUCAUUGUUCCUUCUAAUAAAUUUAAUGAGGCUAAAGCUUGGAUUGAUAGUGGAUUGACUGAUUUGUCGAUAUCUAGACCACAUUCUAGACUAGAUUGGGGAGUUGAAGUUCCAGGAGAUUCAGAGCAGACAGUCUACGUUUGGCUAGAUGCUUUGAUUAAUUAUCUUACGGUGAAUGGGUUCCCUUGGCAACAUGAAGAUAUGAACGGAUGGCCCGCUGAUAUUCACGUUGUAGGAAAAGAUAUCUUGAGGUUUCAUGCGGUAUUUUGGCCUGCAUUUUUGAUGGCAGCAGAUUUACCACUUCCUCAAAAAAUUUUAGCUCAUUCACAUUGGACAAUGAAAAAACAAAAAAUGUCAAAAAGUCGUGGUAAUGUGGUUGAUCCUAUUAAAGUAAUGAAUGAUUAUGGAGUUGAUACAGUUCGUUAUUAUUUGAUGAGAGAUGGCGGUAUAAGUGAUGAUGGAGAUUAUUCGGAUAAUAAUAUAAAAGAACGACAUCGAAAAGACUUAGCAGGGCAGCUUGGAAAUCUUUUUUCACGUAGCAUUUCUCCUGCUCUAAAUCCUUCAUUGGUUGUUCCAUCACCAAUUAAAUUUUCUAACGGAGUAACUGAGAAGGACGCUAGUUUAUAUAAUAAAUUACAAAACCUGUCAGAUCUCGUAGAUAAGCAUUUUCAAGAUAUGGAAUUUGGAAAGGGUUUAUCCCUUAUUUUUGAAGCCGUUGCAGAAGCUAACAAACAUUUUACGAAUAAUGAGCCUUGGAAAUUGAAAAGUGAUUCUGAUCAAAAAGAAACCGUUAAUAAUGUAUUAUUUUAUGCUGCAGAAACAGCAAGAAUUUCAGGAAUUUUAUUACAACCAAUUAUGCCAACAAAAAUGACUGAAUUAUUGAAUAACCUUGGAAUACAAAAAGAACAAAGAACUUGGGAAUAUUCUAAAUUUGGUAAAGGAUGGAAUAUAAAAAAUAAUCGUGAUAUAUUAAUAUUUUAUCGGGGCGAUAAUAACGGAAUUUUAUUUCCAAAACUUAAAUUAUCAUCACAAUAA